CGUAGGGGGCGCGUGUGCUCGUGCAGCCGCUAGGUCCGCGCCUCCCCGGGGCAGUUUGCGGACCGCCGCGCACGCCGCCGCCGCGUGCAUCUGGCCUGCCGCCGCUCUCCCGCUGAACGCCCCGCUCGGCCCCGCCAUGCCGGUGGACCUCAGCAAGUGGUCCGGGCCCUUGAGCCUGCAGGAAGUGGACGAGAAGCCGCAGCGUCCGCUGCAGGUCGCCUAUGGCGGCGCCGCGGUGGACGAGCUGGGCAAAGUGCUGACGCCCACCCAGGUUAAGGACAGACCCACCAACGUUUCAUGGGAUGGUCUAGAUCCAGGUAAACUCUACACCUUGGUUCUGACAGACCCAGAUGCUCCCAGCAGGAAGGACCCCAAAUACAGAGAAUGGCAUCAUUUUCUGGUGGUCAACAUGAAGGGCAAUGACAUCAGCAGUGGCACAGUCCUCUCCGACUACGUGGGCUCGGGGCCCCCCAAGGGCACAGGCCUCCACCGCUACGUCUGGCUGGUUUACGAGCAGAACAGGCCGCUGAAGUGUGAUGAGCCCAUUCUCAGCAACCGAUCUGGAGACCACCGUGGCAAAUUCAAGGUGGCAUCUUUCCGUAAAAAGUAUGAGCUUGGGCCCCCAGUGGCUGGUACGUGUUACCAGGCUGAAUGGGAUGACUAUGUGCCCAAACUCUACGAGCAGCUGUCUGGGAAGUAGGGGGGCGCUCGGAGGCGUCAUCUGCCCCGGAGCCCCAAGUAGUGUUCUCCAGUUCAGUGUUGCAUGUAGAUUUCUCCUCUUUCCCGCUCCCUCUGCUCAGGCAAGACUUGAGCAGUCAGAUAGUGGCUUAGGAUGACUUUUCCUUUGCUUGUCCUUUAUAAUGCCAGAUAGCCACGCACCCAGUUUAUGUUCGGAUCAAAUUUGAACUCUAUUUUGGGGAAUGUUCUGGUACCAUGAUGGGCUCAUCAAAUGGUUAGUAGAAGAAUAGCAACCUGGAAUUUAAAGAAGAAAAGAUUUAGGCAAAAUGACCAGGUCUACAGUAAUAGAGCAAAGCAUCAAAGAAUCUUUAAGGGAGAGAGAAGAAUCGGUUGCCCCUGCCUUUGUGAUCUCAGUCCAGAAUUGUAUGCAACAGCAUCUUCUGAGACGUGUCUUUACGGUUGUCACACCUAGUCAACCAGAGGCUGGCAUCAUGGCUAAACCUCAGUGUGACAUUUCAGAUGGCUUCAUUGGCAUCAGUGCCCUGCUUCAGCUCCUUUAAAGAGAAAUCCUGGAAAAAGAAUAGGGAGAGUGACUUUCUGUUGUUAAGGCGUGGCCAUUUAGACCCACAGCAGGAAUCCUUAAAUUUGAUCACUCUUUCCUGGAGUAAGAAAAACCAGUCUGGAAUUUGUUGAAAGUUGUGUUAAUUCUUCUGUUUGCUUAUAGUUGAAUAAAAAUAAAAACCUUGAGUGAACGAA